UAUUCAAUAGUGUUGGAAAUUUUUCCUUUGUACACUAUACGUAAAUUUAACAUAGCAGCUCAUAAGUCCAUAAAGAAUUAUUUAAAACGCCUUGGAAUGAAUUCUGAAGAGAAUAUGGCAUCCGGAAGUAGUACUGAGGGAGAGGUAUGUUGUAGAGUUUGCCUGCAACUUGAGGAGUUAAUGAUCCAUAUUUACGACGGUGGUGUUAUUGAAGACUUUCAAACAGACCUAAUCACAUUACUGGAACGCUGUGGAGGAAUCAAAGUAGAACAAUCAGACAGUCUUCCAAAAUUUCUAUGCAAGGAAUGUACGACUGAAUUAUUGGUGGCUGCGAAGUUUCGUGAGAAAUGUGAACGGACACAACAAUUACUAAAAGCUGCUCCUCAAAAGAAAUCAGAAUACGUAGAAAGUGAAGAACCUUCCACUGAUACUGAAGCUACAUAUGAUACACAGUUUCUAAGCGAUCGUAAUAUCAUAGAAAUUCAUCCAGAUAGUUUUGUGGAAACAAAUUUAAAUGAAGAAAACAUUGAUGUGAAGUGUACAGCAAACACACAGCUUGAUAGUGCAAUUGCGCUCGAAAGCGGGGAACCCAUUGAUCUUAAUUUAAACGGUAUUGAUAUAAUAGAAGAAACCAAUGAAGAAUGGCAAGUAAUGGAAUAUUUUGAAAAUAAUAGCUGUGAAGGAAAACAAAAACAAGAAAUUUAUUCGCCUAAUAGUAUAUACCUGAUGAAUGAUAUCAAUAGCACAGCAAAUGUUGCCUCACAAAUAAAUGCCGAAAAAAAAUUCACAUGCGAUUCCUGUGGAGCAGUUUUCCUACAGGCAGCUAAUCUUCAAAGACAUUUGGAAAAAGUGCACUUCCUACUACAACCAUAUCGCUGUCCCAAUUGUAGUCACACUUUUACUAUAGAGCAAACUUAUAUAAAUCAUAGUAUUAGUUGUAUAAAAUCCAAUGAUCAAACUGCUCCAGCAAUUAACAUUAAUAUCCCAAUUAAAACAUUUCCAACGUCAUCCCAACGAGAAUGUGUAUACUGUGGCAAACAAAUGCAGUCCAACUUCGCUCUCAAUAUGCACCUACGUACACAUACCGGGGAACGUCCUUACAAAUGUGACCACUGUCCGAAGGCUUUCAAAACUCAAUCAGCUUAUACAAUGCACAUGAAACGUCACGCUCGAAAGCCUGACUAUUCAUGUUCAUUGUGCCAUAAGACUUUCUAUGAGACCAGCAAUUUGACGGUGCACAUGCGUACGCACACUGGAGAAAAACCACAUUCUUGCACUUUUUGUCAAAAACGGUUUUCACGAGUUUUCCUUUUACAAUUACAUAUGCGCACUCAUACCGGUGAAAAACCAUAUCAAUGCAAGAUUUGUAACCGUAGUUUCGCGCAGCUAUGUGAUUUAAAGAAUCACGAGCGUAUACAUACUGGCGAAAGAAAUUAUAAAUGUACUACAUGUGGAAAGACAUUUAUAAAAAAGUACUCACUUAGGGCGCAUAUGGAUCGGCAUGCCAUCCUACAGAGUGAAGAGGGAACUGUGUCCGAUGAAAAAAAUAUCGAAGUAGAAAAUGCCAAAAAUACCCAAGCCGAAGAUGAAUCCAUAAAAUAUAUGCUUGACAAUAGCAUGCUGCAAGGUGAUAGUUACUUUCUAUCGAAAGUUCCUGAAGAUAGUUUUUGUAGCCUAUCUUAUGAAGAGGUGCCCCAACUGAAUGAACCCAAUACAGACCUUGUUUGGAGUGAUUUUAUAGUUGAGCAUAUAUGAAAUAUAUGCUUAUAUCUAUGUAUAUUUAUACUACUUAGAGAAAUAUACGAAAUACAGAUAUACAUACUUAUAUAUUCCAACAUA